CGGAAAUUCGCCGUGAAAGAAGAGCAAGCCCUGCGCUAGAUUUCGAGGGCAAGAUCAAAGGCAAAAUCUUCAAUCGGCGUCCGUGGUCAUGGCCAGCAAGGGGAACACCGCGGGGAGUUCCUAGGAUGAGUCCUCUGGAAGGGGUCUUCCAAUGUUGCCGUGCCCACGGUGCGGUGCUUCGCCGUUGACAUGGGGAGUGUGCGAGAACGGCAAGAACGCUGGAAAGGAGUACUUCAAGUGCUGCAGGAACCUGAGCGAAUUUUCGCCAUGCAGGUUCUUCAUAUGGAAGGACACAUAUAUUGAGGACCUGAGGUCUUCGAGGAUAAUGGCAGCAGUUCCAUCUGGCGUCUUCGAAACCCAGAUUGAGUCUGCACCUGCGUUACCAUCAUCAGACAGCUUGGUGGAGGUGCUUAACCAUCUCUGUGAGAUGAAUGAGGGCAUAGCCGACAUAAGAGCAGGUGUAGCUGAGGCAAGAUCGGCGUACAAGGGUUUUUGCUCCGCCAAAAGGACGACCAGGAUCAUCGCUCUUACCCUGGUCGUUGUUUGGAUUGGCUGUGUCCUCGCUAAGUUCAUUCAGAUGUGA